CCGGUGCCUCCGCUGGUAACCUCUACCAGGACUUCCAGAUCACUUGGGGUGAUGGGCGUGCAAAGAUCCUUGAAAACGGGCAGCUCCUCACCCUCUCCCUCGACAAAGCCUCUGGCUCAGGCUUCCAGUCCAAGAACGAGUAUCUCUUCGGCAAGAUCGAUAUGCAGCUGAAACUAGUCCCUGGGAACUCCGCCGGCACCGUCACUGCCUACUAUUUAUCAUCACAAGGACCAACCCACGAUGAGAUCGACUUCGAGUUCCUCGGAAACCUCAGUGGAGACCCUUACACACUCCACACCAAUGUGUUCGCCCAGGGGAAGGGGAACAGAGAGAUGCAGUUCCAUCUCUGGUUUGAUCCCACCAAGGACUUCCACACCCACUCCAUCCUCUGGAACCCAAAACAUAUCAUAUUCAUGGUUGAUGGCACACCGAUCAGAGACUUCAAGAAUAUGGAGUCCAAGGGUGUUGCGUUUCCAAAGAACCAACCCAUGAGGAUCUACUCCAGCCUCUGGAAUGCUGAUGACUGGGCGACGCAGGGUGGCCGCAUCAAGACGGACUGGACCAAAGCCCCCUUCACUGCCUCCUACCGAAAUUUUAAUGCUGAUGCUUGUGUUUGGUCGUCCGGUACUUCCAACUGUCCUCCGAAGAAAUCUAAUAGUGCUGACUGGUGGAACCAGGAUCUGGAUUCCACAAGCCAAGCGAGGAUGAGGUGGGUGCAGAGGAACUACAUGAUCUACAACUACUGCACUGAUCAGAAGCGAUUCCCCCAGGGCCUGCCUCCAGAGUGCUCCAUGGCCUGAGGAGAACGAAAUCACAGAACACAAUUAAGACAAAUUCUUUUAUUCAUUAAUUCUUCUGUAGGACACAAGCUAGGACAGAUCCUUUAUGAUAAUUCUUGUUAAUGGACGCAGAACACUGUGUAUCUUGUUAUUAUAUUCUCCAUGUAAAAUGAUACCAUGCAUAUAUAUAUAUUAAAAUAAAAGCUCGAGGGUGAGUUUUCUUUAACCUU